AUGGCGGAGAAGCUCACCAAGAAGCAGUUGAAGGCUCAACAGUUUAAGAAAUCCAAGGAGGAACGUGAACAUGAUAAGUCGUUGAAGCGUGCAGCUGAGCAGGAACCUCCAGAGGAACCGGCGCCAGCAAAAAAGAAGCGUAAGACUCGUCGUGGUAAAAAGGGCAAAUCACGUCAAGAGCACCAUAACAGGUUCCUCGUUUUCGUGGGUAAUUUGGACAAAGAGACUUCACAAACUGAAUUGCAAGCCCAUUUCAAAUCAAGUUCGCCAGAUCAAAUCAGACUCCGUCCUGACAAGGGAAUCGCUUUCCUUGAGUUUGAACCUAAGGACAACAUUCAGCGUCGUAUGGAUAUUGCUCUGCUACAGCAUAAAACAACACUAAGAGGUAGACAAAUUAAUGUCGAGCUUACCGUUGGUGGUGGUGGUAAUAGUAAUGAAAGAUUGCAAAAAUUACAACAGAAGAACGAAAAACUGAUUAACGAGCGUAGAGAACGUAUUAAGAACAUGGUUAUACAAGACAAAUCAUCUGAAAAAUCAUCUGAAAAAUCACAGACUGAUCAAAAGACGACCACUGGUGUUCAUCCUGACAGGGCUAAGCUGUUACAGUGA